GCCCCGCCUCGCGUCUCUUUUGGGACCGCCCUUUUGGCGUGAGCAGCCGCGCCCCUAUCACCGGCGCGCGCUCCCUGUUGUUACGGCGGGUCUAACGCCCCCUCCCGUCACCCACAGCCGCUCUGCUCCCUCCUUCCCUCCCUCCCUUCCCUGCGGACGUGGAAUAAAGAGUCAGCGGCAAGUUGUAAAAGGAUGAAAGAAAGCUGGUCUGCGUUCGACACGUUUGAACCUCAUUUCAGGCCUCUGGUAAUUAUUGAGCUUGCAAAAGACACCAAAGAGGAAACCAAAGAAUGGCUCACUCAAAGAAUUGUGGACAAAAAGAAAAAGGAGGUGCCCAGCUGUUGGUUAAACCUUUGGUAAAAGAAGAUGGAGGAAAAAUAGAUGGAAAUCAAAAUUUAUAUCUUGUUGGAGCCUCUCACUUAAGGCUGCUGCUGGGAGCUGAAACUGUGGGAUUGGUAAAAGAAUGUAAUGAUAACUCAAUGAGAACCUUUACAUACAGCAGUAGAAACACCUUCAAAGAUUUUGCAGAGGACAAUCACGAUUUCCUUACAAUGGCCGAGCGUCAGUACAUCAUCAAGCACGAACUUGAAAAUUUGAGAGCCAAAGAUGAAAGAAUGAUUCCUGGAUACCCUCAGGCAAAGCUGUAUCCAGGAAAAUCAAUUAUGAGAAGAUUGAUGACCAGUGGUAUCCUACUUCAGAUUUUCCCACUUCAUGAUACAGAAGAAUUGAAGAAGCUCUGGUACACCUGGUGUGGCCAGGUCAAAAUUAGUUAUCAACCUUUAGAUGAAAUCCGUUGCUAUUUUGGUGAAACGAUUGCUCUGUAUUUUGGCUUUUUGGAAUACUUCACAUUUGCUUUGGUUCCUAUGGCUCUCAUUGGGAUUCCUUACUAUGUGUUUGCAUGGGAAGACUAUGACAAGUAUGUGAUGUUUGCCUCAUUCAAUCUACUUUGGUCUACAGUAAUCCUUGAAGUUUGGAAGCGCUGCUGUGCUAUUAUGACUUACAGAUGGGGGACACUGUUGAUGAAGCGGCAGUUUGAGGAACCGAGGCCAGGAUUUCAUGGUGUUUUGGGAAUCAAUCCUGUCACUGGCAAGGAGGAGCCGGUAUACUCAAGUAUUAAAAGACAGAUACGAAUUUAUCUGGUGUCCUUGCCAUUUGUGUGCCUUUGCCUCUAUUUCUCACUGUAUGUCAUGAUGAUUUACUUUGAGUUGGAGACUUGGGCUCUGGAUUUUCAUGAGGAGAAUGAGUCUUAUUUUAGCAAAUUAAUGCUAUUUUUGCCCAGCAUAAUCUAUGCUAUUGUGAUUGAAAUGAUGAACCGCGUCUACCGAUAUGCUGCAGAAUUCUUAACAUCAUGGGAAAAUCAUAGACUGGAAUCGUCACAUCAGAAUCAUCUAAUUUUGAAGGUCUUAGUGUUCAACUUUUUAAACUGCUUUGCCUCCCUCUUCUACAUUGCUUUUGUCCUUUUUGAUAUGAAACUUCUGCGACAGAGCUUGGCCACUCUGCUGAUAACUUCACAGAUCCUUAAUCAAUUUGUAGAAGCCUUACUUCCUUACUGGCUCCAAAAGAGACAUAAUAAGAAAGUGAAGAAGAGGGUGUACUCCAUAAAAGUGGAUACUGAUCUUUCAUUAUUUGAGCAAGUCAACCUGGAAAAAGAAAUGGGCACCUAUCUUGAACUGACAAGACAGCAUAGGGCACUGACUCCAGAACUCUGUGAGUUGCCCCUAAGGGUUCCCCAGAGGCUCAGAACUUUUACCCAUAGGAGUUCCUGCCUGGUCAGAUGCUGGAAGCACAGAACCAAAAAUGUUAAUGCAUUAUAAUAUAUAGUUUCAGAGAAUAAGUAUUACAGUUAAGUAAUUUAUCUCUUAGUAGGCAGUAGUUCAUGACACAAUUUGGAAUUUGCCUAGAACAACAGAUCAACUGCUCCUCUUGUUGCAUAAAAUGCUGCAGAAUUAGAAGCAGGAGGAGAAUAUUUAAAUAGUAUUUUUACAUCUUAAAAGUUCUAUAAGUAUUAAUCCUCCCAACACCCUUGGCAGAAAGGUAAAUAUUAUCCACAUUUUACAUAUGCAGAAACUAAGAUUCAGAGAGAUUAAGUAAUUUAUCCAAAUGCACACUGGCCCAAUCUUGGUUCACUAGAUUACAUGUACUUAAGGGCUCAGUUUUACUUCUCAUCUGAAAACUAACAAUAGCUCUGCAUUGUAAGAGUGAAAGUGCAGUAUUACACCAGUGGUUUUCAAACAGUGAACUAUUGGUGGUCAACAGAGUAUUUCUAGAAUUAUAACUUUCACAAGGGAGAAACAUCUGUCUGUCUUUAAAUGCUGAUAUUUCCAGGAGUCUAGCAUAGAAUCAUUGUAGGAUUUCCAGUGACUUUCAACCAACUACACUUAAAAAAAGCAGAGCAAUCUCUUAGUCCUGCCAGGUUGCUUCAUACUUAUCUUUGUUGGAUUUUGGGGGGCAAACAUUUAAUCAUUCAGAUCCAAAAUUGGAAGGAUACCAAACAAACAAGACAGAUCCAAACUGCAACAUGGAGAGAGUAAAACUGUUGAGUGCUGUUGGGAUAAGAGGAGACUUAAAUACUAAUAGUGUAGGGCUUUAUGUUAGGUAGAAGAUAUAAAAAUGGGAGGGAAGGGGAAGAUGGUCCUACUCAAACUGCUACACCCAUUGCACUAAAGUGCAUCUUGUCUCUUUAAUACUUCCCUCAUUUUACUACCUUAUAUAGCUGAUUAUUGUAAUUUUCACAAGAAAGUUGUGGAAAUAAGACUUGGAGGUUGGGAGUGGAGCUAUCCCUAAGAUGAUCUCUAUUUUAAGUAAUAGCAUACAGGAUGAAGACUUCUGAAAAUCCAUCGUCUUAUGCUUAAACUAGCUGCUCAGAACUAGGAAGUAGUAGUGGUGCCACCUAUUCCUCCCCUCUGUGCUGCACUGAGAGCCUUAAUAGGGCAUAUCUACAUGUACAGCGCUACAGCUGCGCCGCUGCAGUGCGUCUGGUGAAGACGCUCUAUGCCGACAGGCGAGAGCUCGCCUAUCGGCAUAAUAAAACUGCAUCAGCGAGCGGCAGAAGCUAUGUUGGCAGAAAAGCUUUCCUGCCGACAUAGUGCUGUCCACCCUGGCACGUAUGUUGGUGUAACGUAUGCCCUGAGCGACACAAGUUAUGCCGACGUAAGCUGUAGUGUAGACAUAGCCACAAUGUGGAUGGGGUGAGGGAGCAGCUCCAGGAGUAGCCUGCAGUAAUCAAGAGGAGGAGCUGAAAGGAAAAUUUUGCUCAUUGCCUGCAGCACUGUUUGAGUGAUCAUAACAACAGGGGCAAAUGUGUUACUGCCACUCUAGUUGAGUGACACUUGGAAAGUAUCCUUAAACAAGCAGGAAGUAAAAUUCAGAGUUUAUGUAAAAUAUUUCUGUGGGUAUAUCUCAAGGUUUUUAAAGGUUAGCUCCCCUGGGGUCUAAUCUGUAAAUUUAAUAGUUUAUCAGACACAGCUAUGCUAUGCUGCUUAACAGUGAGCUUGACUGGGGAAUGUAGCUGAAAUGGCACCCUCCUCCCAUAUCCAUGAGCUGAUUUCUGAGCUUGUAGGCUUCUACUGCCUCUUUGUGUUUUGCUGGUGAAAAUACAUUAGAUACCAGAGAGGCUAGCCAGCUUGACAGCUCAGCUUUCAGCAGACAUACUGAAAAGAGCCAUGC